AGGAUGGAGAGGGAGGAGGAGAGAGAGGAUGAGAGAGAGGAGGAGUAGAGAGGAAGAGGAGGAGUAGAGAGGAAGAGGAGGAAAGAGGACUAUACUUAGCAGAAGAGUCACCACCGCGGUGGAGGCGGCUGCAGGAUCCACAUCUCUGCAGGAACCAGUCCUGACAGACCUGAUUCUGGUUCAGUAGGAACCAAGACCACCUAGGAACCCAAACAGGGGAGGAACCAGGUCCAGGAGGAUCCACAUCUCUGCAGCUUCCAGUCCUGACAGACCUGAUUCUGGUCCAGGAACCGGACCAGGUCUAGGGAGGAACCAGAUCUCUGCAGCUGCCGUCUCACAAGGAACUCUGACCCUGGAGAAGCCAGGAGAUCUACCGAACCUAGAUCUAGGAACAGAUCUAGGACCAGAUCUAGGACCAGAUCUAGGAUGAUCCAGGAUCCAGCACCAGCCUCCCUCUCCUCCUCUGAAGAUGUGACACCCUCAGCAUGGCCCCCCAGGGUGCCAUGCUGAGGGCGGCGGCCCCGGCCCCGGCCGUGGCCCCGGCGCCGGCGGGCCACUCGUGGCGGUUCCAGUGCUCGGUGGGCGUGGACUGCAGCGACGCCGAGCCGCGCUGCAUCUGGCUAGCGGUUCUACGGGGGGCGUCGCCCCCGCCCUCCCCCCGCCCGUCACCCAUCACGUCACCACGGCGACGGCGGGGGUCCAGGAGGCUGAUUCAGAGACACCGCCCGUCCUGGGCUAAAGGGCGGAGAGAUGGCGUCGGUGCGGCGGCGGCUAACGGGAACCGGCGGCGGCGGCCGCUGUCGUCGGGCGAGGUGGAGGGCGUGUCCUGGCCCGAACCCCGGACCCUCGUCCUCCAGAAGAACCUGCAGGGAUUCGGGUUCACGCUCAGACACUUCAUCGUGUACCCACCCGCGUCCGCGCUGCACGGGCUCAAGGAUGAAGAAAAUGGAAACGCAGCUGGAAAAGGUGAGUCUGGAUCUGACCCUGGAUCUGACCCUCUGAACCAGGGCGUUAGUCCAGGAGUCCAGGAGGACGAGGACGUCCAGCGGAUGAUGCAGGGAUCCAGUAUGAUGAAGGUCCGGUCUCCGCGCUGGCAGAAGCAGCGGUUCCUGAAGCUUCUGGACGACGGAGUGACGGUCUGGUGUCAGUCCAACAAAACCUCCAGCCGGGCCAAGGAGCAGCAGAGCUUCUCGGUCACCGAGGUCCAGUGCGUGCGCGAGGGCUGCCAGUCGGAGACGUUCCGGAAGAUGUCGGGUUCGGUUCCGGAGAACCGCUGCCUCACCGUGGUCUUCAAGGGGGCCCGGAAGUCCCUGGACCUGGUCCUGCAGAACCAGGACGAGGCCCAGACCUGGACCCGCGGGAUCCGGACCCUGCAGGACCGGGUCAGCAACAUGACGCAGACGGAGAAGCUGGACCACUGGAUCCAGGCCUACCUGAGCCGGGCCGACCAGAACCACGACGACAAGAUGAGCUACGAGGAAGUUCAGACGCUGCUGCAGAUGAUCAACGUGGACGUGAGCGAUCAAUACGCCCGCAGCCUCUUCCAGAAGUGCGACCGCUCCUGCGACGGCCGCCUGGACCACGAGGAGAUCGAGGUUUUCUGCCGGGAGUUGCUACGGCGACCGGAGCUGGAUAGCAUCUUCCUGCGCUACUCGGCUAACGGCUGCGUCCUGUCCACGCUGGACCUGCGGGACUUCCUGUUGGACCAGGACGAGGACGCGUCGGGGACGCACGCCGAGAGCCUGGUGCUAAGCUACGAGCUAAACCCCUGGGCCCAGCAGAACCGGCUCAUGACGCCCAACGGCUUCACCAUGUACAUGCUGUCCAAGGAGAACCUGGUCCUGGACCCGGACCAGAACCGGGUCCACCAGGACAUGAGCCGACCGCUAGCCGACUAUUACGUCUCCUCGUCCCACAACACGUACCUGAGCGGAGACCAGCUAACGGGGGCUAGCAGCACCGAGCCGUACAUACGGGCUCUGAGCCGCGGCUGCCGCUGCGUGGAGCUGGACUGCUGGGACGGAGACGCAGGAGAACCGGUGAUUUACCACGGACACACGCUGACGUCCAAGGUUCCCCUGAAGGACGUCCUGGAGACGAUAGACACGUACGCCUUCAAGGCCUCUCCCUACCCCCUGAUCCUGUCCCUGGAGAACCAUUGCUCGCUGCAGCAGCAGGAAGUUCUGGCCCGACACCUGAGGUCCGUCCUGGGGGAGAAACUGCUGCUGGAACCGCUGGAGGAGCAGGACUCUCGCUGGCUGCCCUCUCCUCAGGACCUGAAGGGGAAGAUCCUGAUCAAGGGGAAGAAGAAGACGGAGGAGUUUCAUCCGUCCAGCUCUGAAGACCUGAGUUCUGAUGAGGAGGAGGGACGGGAGAGGAGGCCCCCCAAGGAGGGCCCCCCUGGUCUGAGUCCGGCCCUGUCAGACCUGGUCUUCUACACCCGCUCCGUCGCCUUCAAGAGUUUCCAGGAAGCAGCUCGGAGACCGGCGGCCGACAUGUGUUCGUUCUCUGAGAGCCGAGCUCUACGAUUGGUCCGGGACCAAGGGAUGAACUUUGUUCGCCACAACAGCAGCCACCUGAGCCGGAUCUACCCGUCGGGCCAGCGGCUGCAGUCGUCCAACUACAACCCUGUGGACAUGUGGAACGCCGGCUGCCAGAUCGUGGCCCUGAACUUCCAGACUCCCGGGGAGCAGAUGGACCUGAACCAGGGGCGGUUCCUGCAGAACGGCGGGUGCGGCUACGUGCUAAAGCCACCCUUCAUGCGGGGGCCCGAGACCCGCUUCAACCCCGAGAACGUGGGGGGGGGGCCGGGCCACGCCCCGGUGCUGCUCACAGUCCGGGUGAUCUCGGCCCAGCAGCUGCCCCGCCCCCCCUGGGACAAGCCCAGCUCCAUUGUGGAUCCCCAGGUCUGGGUGGAGAUUCACGGCGUCGCCAUGGACAACGCUAGGAAGAAGACGCCCUACGUGGACAACAACGGUUUCAACCCCCGCUGGGACUGCAGCUUCACCUUCACCGUCCACUCCCCGGCGCUGGCGCUGGUCCGGUUCGUGGUGGAGGAUCACGACUUCACCUCCAGAGACGACUUCCUGGGACAGUUCACGCUGCCGCUGGGCUGCCUGCGCUCAGGUUACCGUCACGUGCGUCUCCUGAACCAGGACGGGUCCAGUUUGUCUCCGUCCUCCCUGUUCGUCCACCUGAAGGUCACGCCGGCCCAGACCGGCCCGUCCAGGUCCCCGGGUCCAGCUCGGUCCCCCGGUCCAGGACCAGCCAGAACCUCAGAGACCCGGUCCCCCGGUCCGGGUCCAGCUCGGUCCCCCGGUCCGGGUCCAGCCAAGUCUCCGGGUCCUGGUCCAGCUCGGUCCCCAGCCAAGUCUCCAGCCAAGACCCUCUCCAAGAAACCCUGAUCCGGCUCGGCCCCCGAGUCCGAACCAGGUUUGACCUCCAGGUGGACGUUUGUUUGUCUCCUGGAACCAGAACCAGAACCAGAACCAGAACCAGAACCAGCAUCUCUGGUUCUGAUACUUGAAGACAUCGUCCUCCCUGCAAAGUUCUGGUCAGCAGCUCCAGAACUUUACCUCACCAGUCCAAGAGGAAGUCCCUCCCCCCGUUGGACCCGGUGUUCUGCCAAUUCCUGCUCCCUGCCGAGAAAUCAGAAUCAGAAUCAAGUUUAUUAUGUCAGCUUAGAAAACCGGCGGUGACACGAUGGUUUUGUGCGCCUGUUUUCCAAAGGGUAACACUGGGAUAGGGGGGGGGGGGAGAAAGAAAAUACAUCUUCACACUGAAUAUCAUACAAUACACAAUAUCAAGUUGCGAAAAAACACCUCGCAGCACACGAAGCACAGAC